UUUCUCAAUUAAAUUUCAUUUGGUCUUCUUUGUUUUACUCUCUGAAGUCUCAAACUUUUAUUGUUUUUUUUUUUGGUUUGAAUCAAUCUCCUUUUGGAAGAUUCAAUUUCUAGUUCUAAGAAAGAGAAGAGAUGUUAGCUAUAUUCAACAAAGGGUUAGUGAAUCCACCGGAAGAGCUGCACAGUCCGGCUUCACUCAGUUCAUCUAGCAAUUCUAAGCUCCCCGUUGAAAUCCUCAACGAUUUUCUCUCUUCAAAUCCCACCAAUGCUUUCUCAAUUGGGUUUGGAGCUGCAGCUUCCUUGGCUUAUGUUCCGCCCCAGAGACCUUGUACCACUUAUCAAAGGUUGUUUUGUGGAGUUGAUGAAAUAUACUGCAUUUUCUUGGGGAGUCUGAACAAUCUGUGCAGCCUUCUCAGGCAGUAUGGCCUAUCAAAAGGCACCAAUGAAGCAAUGUUUAUCAUUGAGGCAUACCGGACCCUCCGGGACCGUGGCCCAUAUCCGGCACAUCAGGUCCUCAGGGAUAUUGAAGGCAGCUAUGGAUUUGUGGUCUAUGAUGGAAAAGCUGGAAGUGUAUUUGCAGCAUUGGGUGCAGAUGAUGGGGUUAAACUCUUCUGGGGUGUUGCAGCUGAUGGAUCUGUUGUUGUUUCAGACAACUUGAAGGUUAUAAAAGAAAGCUGUGCUAAAUCAUUUGCACCAUUUCCAGCUGGAUGUUUGUUUCACAGCGAGCAAGGAUUAAUGAGUUUUGAGCAUCCAAGGAGCAAAAUGAAGGCAAUGCCAAGAAUUGAUAGCGAGGGGGUGAUGUGUGGUGCCAACUUCAGGGCGGAUGUUCGGUCACGAAUAAGCAACAUGCCACGAGUUGGCAGCGAAGCCAAUUGGGCGCUGGGAGGCUCGAAAGCUUGAAUGACAAGACUGAGAUGAUACGACCCACUAAUUAGUCCUUUGUGUUAUUUUUAAUGAACGUGUUUUUUCUUGGCUUUAUUCUUCCGUCCUUGGUUACAAAUUUUCCAACGUCAAUCGAACUGAUUUCGCGGCUCUAAAAAUGAUGUUGGAUAAAUAAAAUGGAAAUUAGUCCUUCA